AUGGGACACUGUGGUCCAAAGUUGAAAUCCCCAAAUGCGAACCAUGAGAGGACGUUACAAGCAGGUGCAAGCAUCUCAGCCAAAGCUUCCCCUAGAAACAUCCAGAAAACAGCUUCAGCAUCUCACAUCAUGGGCUCCACAGACUCCCCCAAGUCUCUUCUCAAAACAGCAUCUGCUUUCCAAAUUUCCUCUACAGAUUCAUUCAAGAGUGUCAACCGAACUUCUCUCUCACACAUAACUAGAGCCACUUCCAGCCUCAAACACUCCCAUUCUGCAGCUCUCAAAACUGAGAUGGAUGGGAGAGUUAUAGGCAAAGAGGGGCCACAAUCUACCUCUCCAAAAGAUAAAAUGAUUGACAGACUAGCAGAGAGCAAACCGCUGUUAGGGACAAAAGUGGAAAUGGCAGAGAGUCCUCAGGGGCAACAGGAGCAGAAAAUAAAAAGCAGAAAUGAGAGGGAAGGAGAGAAACUAGUAGGGGAAGAAAGAAAGAUCGGAGAAGCUGUACUACAGGGUUUAGGAAGUGAUCACAACAUGCUGAGCUCGAUAGGGUGUAAACAAAUCUCCCAUCUUGAAGAAAAGAAACUACAUAGAGCAAAAAACUCCUCUACUGAACAGCUGACAGAGGUAGAACAGAAGAGUUAUGCAUAUGUCAAGACCCAAGAGAGACAAAGUGACAUGGCGAGACAAGAGAAAGAGAAAGACAAGAAUAAGUCUCUAAAAUCCAAGAAACUGAAUGAUGGGCAGAGGACAGUUGAAGAUUUUAUUGUAGCAGAAACUCAUGAUAUGGCACUCCAGACAGAUCUACACCUGGUGUACGUUGAUGCUGAAGUUCAGGCGGUUGUGGGGGUCUUCAGCAAAUCCACAGGCAUGAGUCCAGUCCAUCAACCCUGCAGUCAGUUAACCGCUGAGCUAGACCUCAGCACUAAAGUGGGCCUACAGAACGGACUUAGUCCCGAUACAAACGGUGACUCUGAUUGGAUGCCAACAGUAGCCUCACCUGGACUUACACCAAUGGGAGCCAAGCCUAGAUUUCUAGGCCCACCCCCUUACAAGUCCCCCAAUAGCCAGAAAUCUCUUCAACAUGUCUGUCAAAUAGAGAUAGAGCUUUGUAGCCAAUCACCGCAGUCUGUUGAAUCAGCAUUGCCCCAAGUCACAGUCAGUGUAAUUGAUGGAAGAAGUCAUGAUGCAAUGGCGCCACCCAAGGCAGCUGAGAAGAACUUAGAGGAUUCCUCAAAUCCGCUCAACUCUGGGAAACCAGCAGAGAUAGAUGGAGAAAACGAGGAGAGUGGUGUACCUCAGGAUAUCCUCUGGGAUGAGCAGGGGAUGACAUGGGAAGUUUAUGGAGCAUCAUUGGAUAUGGAGUCACUGGGAUUUGCUAUACAGAAUCACCUGCAGUGCAAGAUCCGUGAACAAGAGCGCCGUAUCGGCACACUCCGGAAGUCCAUCUGCCUCUCGGAGCAUUCACCUGGGAAGAACAAGACAGUGAAGAGGAAUGUUUUCAGGUCAAUGUUUGCUGGAUGCAAGUGCUGCUCGAAACCGUGACCAUGUGUGACUUAACACUUUGUCUUAUAAUCUUAAAUGUAAAAACAAUUACAAAUAUGAUUUUGUAGUUUGGAUGGGAUAAAUAGGCAAACAAUCUCAUGUACUGUGUGAGUAGAAGGUCCACAAGAUGGAAACAACUCCUUGUCCCAAUGGGUUCACUUGAUAUUAUCUUGUGUUCUCGUGGCCCUUGCUUGCACAAUACAUGCAUGAAAUUGUAGGAUAUUUACUUUUGUGUCCUCGAUGCACUCUCGAUGAAUGCUUGUGCUGGUGCAGACUUUGCAAUUGACUACAACACAGCCAUCUGAGGCCUGGUCCACACACGUUUUCAUUUAAAAACACAUCUUUUUCUCUCUGUUUUGGCCUUCCGUCCACACUGAGAAGGCGUUUUUGUCCACGGAAACUGAGCUUUUUGGAAACGCACUCCAAAGUGGAUACAUUUGAAAACACCGUUUUCGCAUUGCGGACUGUGAAAACGGAUGCUUUGGAAAACGAUGACGCAUUUUUAGUCAUGUGAUCUAUCCAACCAAAACAAUCAAGAUGGCGGCCCGUGUUAUAGCGGCGCUGUUGUGCCUGAUACUCACUUUGAUGGUGUUGUUAAAAAAUAAAUGUCACUUUGUACAACCAUCACAUUGCAUUCCUCCAAAGGCGAAGGGAAGUUUACUCGGAAUUGGUGUCCAGUAACGGAACAUGAGGACAAUUGCGUUUCAGACCGUACAUGCAGCGGGGAUUUUCCGCAUGCGUAGUGACACAAUUUAAGCAUUUUCAUACAUUUCAGUGUGGACAGUGAACUUUUGGAAAACGUUUCAAAACGUUAGUGUGGACAGAGAGCAUUUUGAAACGAAAACGCCAUUUUCAAAUGUAUCCGGAUUAAUGUAGACGUAGCCUAGGUAGCAUGAUGUCACCUAAGUCUGGAAUUUGGUGCGUAUUCCAGAGGCUUUCAGAUUUUGGAAAUGUAAAUCUUUUAGACUCAGUUUUUCACUCAGACAUUAAUCUUAUUUUUAACAUUUUAAUAAUGAAAGUGAAGUGUUCAAUAUUAUCUAACAUUAUUGAAAGUUCAGCAACAGUUUUACAUUUGGCAAACUUUUGGUAUUAACCAGUGGCGAUUGCUUUCAGACUACACAGAAAGAAACACAUUUAGAAAUGCAGCAAUUAAAUGUUUUAUAUAAGUACAAUUUAUAUAUAUUAUUUCAAUAUUUUAGCAAGUAAAUGUGUACAAAGUGUACGGCACAAAGCAACUCUUCAAUUGAAUUGUAUGGCAGAUACCUCUACCAUUCAGAUCAAUGGCGCAAAGGAUCAAUUGUUGGA